CCGCGCGACGGUACUUUCUUCACCUGCCGCGAAAAAAGUGCGGCCGUACGGCGUGUACCCCCCAGGAGGACCUUUUUGCUUGUAAAAUGUGGACUACCGAGCGAUAAGUGAAGGAGUGAAGCGCCACCUCUCGCGGGGGGGGGAAAUGCAGGACGCAAGCGGCAAAGCAGCACCCGGGAGCCCCGCUGUAGCCAGUGCGAACCCAGCGCAGAAUUCAGUACAUUUGAACGGAAAUAGCGUCACUCAAAAUGGCCACGACCCGACAGCUACACCUGUGCCACAGUCAGAGUUUGAAUCCAGAUCCCCAAUUCCUGCACUCACUCCAACCGCGACUGUCCCGAGGGAGCAGUGGGGAGGGAAGUACGAGUUCCUGCUCUCCUGCAUUGGAUACUGUGUGGGACUGGGGAACGUGUGGCGGUUCCCCUAUCUUUGUUACCGCAAUGGAGGAGGUGUGUUUCUCAUCCCCUACUUUAUUAUGCUCUUUGUUACGGGGGUUCCACUCUUUCUCAUGGAGCUGAGUUUAGGCCAGUACGGAGCAGCUGGCCCCAUCACCGUGUGGAAAUGCUGCCCUCUGCUCAAAGGUAUUGGCAUUGGGAUGCUCUGUGUGUCCACGCUGGUGUGUCUCUACUAUAACGUCAUUAUAGCGUGGACAUUUUACUACCUGGGCAGCUCCUUCCAGAGCCCUCUGCCCUGGUCCUGUGAAGCUGUAGCCAAUGCAGGUCUCUGUGGUAACACCACUGGCAAUAGCUCGACUGGUAAAGUCCUAAGCCCCACAGAAAUCUUCUGGAAUGAGCGCGUGCUGGGCGUAGUGCACAGUGAGGGCCUUCAUGACCCGGGCCCUGUUCGGUGGCCCCUGGCCCUGUGCCUCCUGGCUGCCUGGAUCAUCAUCUUCCUGUGUAUGCUCAAGGGCAUCCGCAGCUCUGGCAAGGUGAAUCAACACAAUGCUGUUAUUGUCAGCUCCCACAAAACACACACACACACACACACUAUCCUGCCCUUUGCUGCCAUAACGUGUCGGCCUUAUACUUGUCUGUGUUUUCUGGAUUUUCAGGUGGUUUAUGUAACUGCCACCUUCCCAUACUUUGUGCUCAUUGUUCUGAUCAUCAGAGGUGCGACACUGGAGGGCUCUCUCCAGGGUGUUGCUUUCUACCUCACGCCAGACUGGGGCCGAUUAGCUAAUGCACAGGUGUGGAAUGACGCAGCUUCACAGAUCUUCUACUCCUUAGGUAUUGGAGUUGGAGGGCUGCUUUCUAUGGCAUCUUACAAUAAGUUUGACAACAACGUCAUCAGGGACACUCUGAUUAUCACCACAGGAAACUGCAGCACCAGUUUUUUUGCAGGAUUUGCUAUAUUUUCAAUCCUGGGUCACAUGGCAUGGAGGAAGGGAGUUCCUGUUGGACAGGUGGCAGAUACAGGUCCUGGUUUGGCUUUCGUUGCUUAUCCGGAAGCCCUUGCUCUACUGCCAGGCUCAGUGUUCUGGUCCAUUUUGUUCUUCCUCAUGCUCUUCAUGCUGGGGAUCGAUACACUGUUUGGCAACAUGGAGGGCAUCACCACUGCCGUGCUGGACGAGUUUCCACACCUCAGAGGGAACACACUGCACAAGUCCCUGUUCUUGGGCGUGCUGUGUUUUUGCUUCUACCUGAUGGGUCUCUUGUUAGUGACUGAUGGAGGGAUUUACUGGUUCACACUCAUUGACUCCUUCAGCACUAGUUUUGGCCUCAUCAUCAUCACCCUCUUCAUGUGCAUUGGCAUCUCCUUCUUCUAUGGAGUGAACCAGUUUUGUCAAGACAUUAUUGAUAUGAUCUGCCACUGCCCUCCCUGGUGCACCAAAGUGUUGCUUUACUUCAAAGCAUGCUGGGUUUUCUUCACUCCGUUUCUUCUGCUGUUCAUCCUGACGUACAUCUUCAUUGAGAUGUACAACACAUCUCUCCACUAUGGGGCCUAUGUGUACCCACGCUGGGGUAAAGCGCUGGGCGCGUGCAUAGGUGCGACUUGCUGUCUACAGAUCCUCAUAUGGGCUGUUGUGGCCAUCUGCAAGGAAACUGGAACACUGAAAGACCGUUUCCAGAAAGCAAUUCGACCUCUGAAUUCCUGGAGAGUGAACAACUUGAACAGCAUGGGGAGAGUAGAGGAGCGUGUGGAGCCAGAGAGAGUAGAGGCUCCAUUCACUGUCACGCUCACAGACAUGGACUUUACUGCAAUGAUGUGGGAGGCAGGAAGCCAGACAUGACAGCAUGGAGAGCAGUGAUGAACGCACAGCGAUGAGCAAACUAUGUUUUCAAGAGAGAGAGGAAUUUAUCAUUGUGUUAUUUGCCUCAGCAAGGCUCUGGUGGCAGUGUCUGAACAGACUGUGUGUCCUUCAAGGCAGUGUGGAUUAAUUGCUUUAUUUAUA